ACCAGCCCAGUGACAGCACGUACGAUCGAAGCGCUAUUUGAGCCCAGCGCCGCCAGCCCCCAGAACCACCUCCCUCUUCAUUCCUAGAGCUUUGCUGCCACCACUGAUUCCAGCAUGGGGCAAGGAUUAUCCCAUAACGGUAUGCCCAGCGGCGGGGACUUCUAUGGGGCCCCUAUCUACGCGACCAGCCUCAGCCAUGACCGGCAGACGGAGGUUCGCGUAAGUGGAGACUCGGAUACAGUACAAAUCGGCCCACGCGCGCAAUUACCGUAUCUGGAAAUGCCCGGCAUGCGCAAGCAGGAUUUCUUCCGACGGUUAGGCCUGGUGGUCAAGACCCGCGGCAGCCGAAUCACGCAGAACGCCGAGGUUGUGAUCGCCGACUUUUACAGACUAGACGGGAAGCGCUUCGUUCCACGGGAUCACGGGCAAGGACCGCAGCCUACGGACUGGCACGGACUCAAAGGACCCGCUGAGGCCAGUUGCGGCCUGCGCGCUGGGGACACGCUCUACGCUAUCAACCACCGACUGGUUAUGAACAAAUCCAAGGGGCAGGUACUUCGGCAGAUCAACUCCCUGCUGGAGAAGGGCGACGGCACGGCUGUCGUCCUUACAUGGAAACAUACAGACGAGGUUGAUGUCGUGUCCUGGGAAAACGAGUUGUGCAUGCCACCGCCUGAAGGCGUAUACACGCAGAUGGAGAACGAGUGGGGACCUGCGAGACCAAGCAAGAUCUCAUCUGUCUCCAUCUAG